AUGUUAUUGUCUAUUGAUAAUUCAACUAAUUUAAUAACUCCAAUAGCUAUCGAAAUAUGUAAAUAUCAUCCUUAUUAUUUACUUGGUGAAACUAUUUGGCGUUUUGGUGCAUUAUUAUGUGUUUUAUUGGGUAUGCCUGGUCAUAUAAUUGUUGUUACUAUAAUGCUUAAUGCAAGAAAUCGAAAACAACCUAAACAACUCAAAACUUAUCUAAAAAAGAAAAAGAAAAAACAACAACAACAAGAUCAAUGUGAUUCGGAUAAAAUUUCGAACAUUAUUAUCCAUCAUCAACAACCACAACAGAUUGAGCCAAUAUCAAAUCAAGAUUCAAUUAUGAAUGAUUUUCAGUUGUUACCUGAUCUUUCUAAACGUAAAUAUAUCUAUAAAGAUGUUGUUUCAUCAACUAAUAACAAUCAGAUAAAUUGGCAAAUGUUUCAAUGUACACAACAAGCAUCAUCAAUAUCUUACUAUGAUCAAUCUGUAACGAAUGGUGAUCGUAUCUAUCAUCCAUUUCAUUCAAUAUCAAUACCUGAUAUACGAGUUGGUUUAUCACGACAUCAUAGUAUUAAACAACUACAUAAAAUAAUAGUAGAUUAG